GCACAAACAGAUCAGAGUAGGUGUUGCUGAACAGAAGCGUGAUGCGUGACGUCACACACGGAGAUGUACGGACAACGAGAAACAUUCGCUUUAAAGCAGCACUUUUAACUAAAUGUAUAACUGACUUCAAGUUCCCAUCUUACAUAAUAAUAUAACAUGUUUGCCGAACGUUUGUGAAAUCAAUUAUGUAAAACACGAUAAAUGAUCUUCUCCGUUGGUAGUUGUACAAUUGCAAAACAACUGCUAGCUAGCAUUGCCGUUGUGUUUCUUUAUAAUCUUCCGAGCAUCGGACAACACAACGCUGGAUUGCAGAGACAGGGAAAUCAAGAUGUAUACAUGCGAGAUGAAAUUUAGGCUAAUAAAUCUCAUCACCAUAAACACGUUUCCAGACAAGCAGGAAUAACUUCAGAACUUAUUCUUAUCAACUGAAAUCUGCGCGACACAUUAUUGUACAGAUGGAGUUUAUUAAAGAAGAGAGAGUGGACAUGAGUGAUCCAAACCCUUGCAGAGUGAAAAAUGAAGAAACUGAGCAACAAAUAGACCUGAUGGAAGUGAAAGAGGAAAGUCAAGAACUGACAUUGGAGGAGAAACUUCAGUGUGAGGAACCUCAUUUCAGAACUGAAGAAAAAACUUUUAAUGGCUCAGAGACGGAAAAUUUAUCACAAAAAAGACAUCGAAGAACUGGAGCCCAUGUUUUUUUCACCUGCCUUCAAUGUAAAGAGAGUUUCUCGUCUAAAGAACAACUUAUGGGUCACUUUUGGGUUCACUCUGGAGAGAAGCCUUUACAAUGCAAUCAAUGUGAAAAGAGUUUCGUUCAGAAAGAAAGCCUUAAGAAUCACAUGAGAGUUCACACUGGAGAGAAGCCUUUCCAAUGUGAUCAGUGUGGAAAGAGUUUCCGUUAUAAAGUAAGCCUUAAGAAUCACAUGAGCAUUCACACUGGAGGGAAGCCUUUCCAAUGCGAUCAGUGUGGAAAGAGUUUUGUUCAAAAAUCAGGCCUUAAGAUUCACAUGAGCAUUCACUCUGGAGAGAAGCCUUACAAAUGUGAUCAGUGUGGAAAGAGUUACUUGCAUAAAGAAAACCUUAAUGAGCACAUUAGACUUCAUACUGGAGAGAGGCCUUUCACAUGCCCUCAGUGUGGAAAGAGUUUCACAAUGAGAGCAAGCUUUCAAAAUCACAUGAGAAUUCACACUGGAGAGAAACCUUUCACAUGCCUACAAUGUGGAAAGCAUUUUGCACAUAAGGGAAACCUUGAGGCUCACACAAGAAUUCACACUGGAGAGAAGCCUUUCACAUGCCUUCAAUGUGGGAAGGAUUUCAUACAUAAGGGAAACCUUGAGGUUCACACAAGAAUUCACACUGGAGAGAAGCCUUACACAUGCCCUCAGUGUGGGAAGAGUUUCACAUAUCGAGCAAAUCUUGUAAGGCAUAUGAAGAUGCAUUCAGGAGAGAAAAUACACCAUUGUUCUAAGUGUGGCAAGAGUUUCAGUGAGGGAAGUCUCCAAACACAACUGAAAAGGCAUGAAAAUGAGAGGCCACACAUGUGUUCUUAUUGUGGCAACUUAUUGUAGCACCAGAAAAUACUGUACAUGCAGUGAGAAACCUCGUGUGCUUUGAGUGUGGGAAAGCCUUUACUAGAGUCACAUACUUGAAAAGGAACUAAAUAAUUCAUACAGGAGAAAAACCUUACAAGUGCUCACAUUGUGGAAUGAGUUUUACAGUUUUAGAAUUCCUCAAAGCACACGAGAGAGUGCAUACUGGAGAGAAGCCGUACUCUCGCCCUUUAUGUGGAAACGGUUUUGGCCAAUUAAGUACUCUUCUGUCUCAUAAAAAAGCAUUGUCCAAAGUUGUCACAGUGAGCAAAGUUGCUUUGAAAUGACAAAAUUGGUGCAGGGAUGUUUUUUUAUGUUAAGGAGUAGCAAUAGUAUUAAUUAUGUUAUAUAAUUUUUCAAACAAUGCCUGUAUUACUCUAUCUCCAUCUGUAUCUUUAACAAGUUAAUCAUAGCAUUACUCAUAGCUGUUGAAAGGUGAUGCAUGGAGAACUGAAAAGACUGAGCUGCAAUGAGAUCAAGAGGCAAAAAACAUUAAUAAAUUAUAUAUAUACAGGUGCUGGUCAUAUAAUUAGAAUAUCA